GAAAAGCGUGCGUUGUGUUAUUUUUUGGUUAUGUUGUGAUUGAAUUGUGUGUAUUUUCUGAGAAGAAAAUGUCUGAACAAGCUGUAACUAAACCAGCAGGAAAAAGUUGGCGUGAAAUAAAUCAAGAAAGAAAGGCUUUGAAGCGUCAACGAAAUGAAGAAAAAAUUAUUAAACGUGAAAAAAGAGUCGCACUAGAUCGUGAAGCUGAAACUAAAGUACAAGAAGAGAUUGCACGAGAAAAGAAAAAUGCUGAAAUUUCUACUGUUAGUAUAGCCAUCCCUGGCUCCAUACUGGAAAAUGCUCAAUCUGCUGAGUUGCGUACAUAUUUAGCUGGUCAAAUUGCGAGAGCUGCUUGUGUAUUUUGUGUAGACGAAGUUAUUGUGUAUGAUGAUGUUGGAGAAAAAUUAAACACUAAAAAGUCAAAACUUGAAGAUGGUGAUGGAGUGGUUGUUGCACGCAAAAGUUGUGUUCAGUUGGCACGCAUUUUACAAUACCUUGAGUGUCCACAGUAUCUACGGAAGCAUUUCUUUCCUUUACACAAAGAUUUGGAAUUUGCUGGGUUGCUUAAUCCUCUAGAUGCUCCACAUCAUUUAAGGAUGUCAAAUGAUUUUCAGUUUAGGGAGGGCAUAACUAUGAACAAAAAAACAAAGCCAGGUCGAGGUUCUCAGGUGAAUGUUGGAUUACUUCAAGAUAUUUCUACAGAUAAGUUACUGAAUCCUGGUAUCAGAGUUACAGUCAGAAUGCUUCCGACUCAAGAGGGUGGCAAGAAGCUGAAAGGAAAAAUUGUUAGUCUCACCACCCCAAGAGCUGAAACAGGAGUGUACUGGGGUUAUACUGUCAGGAUAGCUAAUAAUCUAAGUCAAGUCUUUACACAAAGCCCUUACAAAGAUGGGUAUGAUUUAACAAUUGGAACUUCUGAUAAAGGCUCACCUAUUGAAGAAUUGCCAGAUAAAGAGGUUAGAUAUAACCAUGCAUUAAUAGUCUUCGGAGGUUUACACGGUAUUGAAGCAGCUUUGGAAAGUGAUGAACAAUUAAAAGCUGAAGAAGCUAGUUUGUUGUUCAAUCACUAUAUUAAUGUUUUACCUAAUCAAGGUUCUAGAACAAUCAGGACUGAAGAAGCUGUUCUCAUUACUAUGGCAGGUCUUAGAAAUAAACUGAAGGCUAAUAAUGAGCCAAUGGUUUUCACUGGCACUGGAAUCGCCCAGAGUUCAUCAUUCCCAACCUCUAAACCAGAAUUGUCAGAUUCUGGUACUGAUAACAAUAUAGAUUUAAGCAGAUUUGACUAAUAAUAAUAAACAAAUAUUAAUAACA